AUGGGUUGUGGAGGUAGUCGCGUUAGGCCAGUCCCAAAACCAAUUUCUGUUAAAAUUCUCGAACCUAAUCAAACGAAUCGGAAAACAAAAAAGGAUUCAACUGAUUCUGAAAGUAAAAGAUCGAAGAGAACAGGAUCAACUGCAAAUAAUGGUGAAGACGCUCAAAACACUGAUCAUCAUCAACAAUUAGUGAAUGAUAUUGAAGCGGCUGAUCCAUAUGCAUUUAAUACAUCGUUUAUACGACAACGUCAGAAAGCCAUUGAUAAUCAUUCGUACCGUUCGACUAUUCAAUCAUGGCGUCCCAACUCCCUCCAACAAUUAGUUAAUGCUAUUAAAUCUUUAUCAGAAAAUAAAUCAAUAGUAGAUUGUCAUUGGAUCAUUUUCUAUUGGAUCACAUAUAACAUUGAAUAUGAUACAGUCUCGUACUUCAGUAAAAAUUAUGCAGAUCAAACAGCUGAAGGUGUAUUUCGAACUAGAAAAGGCGUUUGUGCUGGUUACGGCAAUAUUUAUAAAUAUCUCUGCGAUGCACUGAAUAUUCCAUGUGAGAAAGUGAGUGGCUACUCGAAAGGUUAUGGAUUCGAUGAACGCGAAGGUGCACCUACCGAAACAGACCAUGCAUGGAAUGCUGUAGAAAUCGACCAUCAUUGGUACUUGAUUGAAUCCACAUGGGGUGCUGGACAUCUGACAGAAGAAAAGAACUUCCAACGUAAAUUGAACUCGUAUUAUUUUCUACCUAAUCCAACUGAGAUGAUAUAUCAUCAUUUACCUGAAAUUGAGAAAUGGCAACUAUUACAAAAACCAAUCAAAAUGAAACAAUAUUUACAAAUGCCACAACUUCAGCCCCAUUACUUUGAAUUGAAUUUAGAUUUAAUUAGUCCACGAAAUCAAGAUCAUGUUCAUUUUGCGCCGGGGAAAGCAUAUGCGUUAGUCCUCAUACAGGGACCAUCUGAUGUUGAUCUAAUUGUAGAUUUGAAGUUAAACAAUAAAGAAAUUGAAGGUGGUGAUCGUGUCGAGUUUGAUACUAAGAAACAAAUGCAUCGUUGUUACUUUGCUCCAAAUACUAUAGGGAAACAUAAAAUUACAAUUUAUGCAAAAAAGAAAGAUGAAGAGGGUAAAUAUCACGACGUAAUUCAUUUAACUCUCGACGUUAGUGAAAUGCCAAAAUAUCCCAUUAGCUUUCCUAAAAUAUGGAAGAAUUUUUUUGACUUGAAUAUGGAAGUAGUCUCACCAAAAGAUACACAUUUGAUGAAAGUACAUAAUGGACAAACGGAUGCAGAAGUUUUGAUUCGAACACCGGAUGAUGUAGAACUACAUGGAUCAUUGACUAAUUCAGAUGGAGAAAAAGUCGAAGGUGGACAUCAGGUAUUCUAUGAUCGACAUAAAAGCCUAUGGCGGUGUAAAUUUGCUCCUAAUUGUGAUGGAAUGUUCGAUGCUCAAAUUUUCGCUAAGAGAAAAGCAGAGAAAGGUCAAUAUACAGCUGCCGUGAAAUUUAAAGUCAAAGCAAGAAACAUUCAAAAACAACCAGUAAGUUAUCCAACCACGUGGCCUCUUUUCUAUGAACUGGGACUUAAAAUAGAAGCACCUCAAAAUCGUGCUACUGCUGUAUGGCCGAAUAAUGCAUCAUUCGCUGAAAUUCGAAUAUCAGCACCCAGUGAUGUUGAACUGUCGUGUAGUAUUGAAUUCAAUGGUAUUAAAAAUGAAAAUUGUGCAUUAGCUCAGUUUGAUCAUGACAAACACCAAUGGCAGCUUUUGUUUGCGCCGCAAUGUGCUGGUUUACACCAGCUUAUGAUUUAUGGUCGUCGCCACUCUGACUCUCGAACAGAAUUUGAAGCAGUUGCAGAAUUUAGUCUUAUAGUAACAAAGAUUCGAAAGCCUAUAAUUUUUCCUGUUACAUACACGAAAUUCGAGACGACUAAAUGUCGAAUUUAUGAACCACUUGAAGGUACACUGAAGAAAGGUGCUAUUAUACCCUUUCACUGUGUUAUUCCUGGUGCAACUGAAGUUGACUUACAAGUGGAUUCUAAAUGGGUUGGAGUAAAAGGAUAUGAAGAUCCAAUUCUGAAAACAGGCAUCACAGUUGGUUCGAAAGAUAUUACUGUUUAUGCUAGAUACGGUCAAAACACAAAUUAUGAUGGACUUAUUCGAUACUCUGUUAAAUGA